AUGGCAUACGAUCGGUAUGUGGCUAUCUGCAAUCCAUUGCACUAUGAGACUAUUAUGCACAGAGGAGCCUGCAUUCAGAUGGCGGUCAGUGCAUGGAUUGCUGGUAUACUCAAUGGUGUGUUACACAGUGGAGGAACUUUUGCUAUCACCUUCUGCUCCAAUAUGAUCGAUCAGUUCUUCUGUGAAGCACCACAGAUUCUAAAACUUGCAUGUUCAAACAUGUAUCUAGUUGAAGUUGGAGUGAUUAUUUUGAGCUCUUUCUUUGGACUGGGAUGCUUCAUCUACAUCAUUUUUACCUAUGUGCUGAUUUUUCGGGCAGUGCUUAGAAUCCCUUCCGUGGAUGGUCAGAAAAAAGCCAUCUCCACUUGUCUUCCCCACCUCACUGUGAUCUCUUUGCUUAUCUUUACUGGCAUCUUUGCCUAUGGGCGGCCUCAGAGUUACAGUUCAUCUGACCUGAAUGUUCUGUCUGCAAUAAUUUAUGCUAUAAUUCCUCCCUUGCUCAAUCCAUUCAUUUAUAGCAUGAGAAACAAGGACAUCAAGACUGCAUUGCUGAAGUUCUUUAAUUGUGGACAUUUUUCUAAAAUUAUUGCUAGGAAUGUUUUUCUACAAAAAUGA